AUGGAGGAUACAGUGAUCCGUGGCCUGUGCCUCAAGUCGCGGGAGAUCUUCCUGAGCCAGCCCAUCCUGCUGGAGCUCGAGGCGCCACUCAAGAUCUGCGGUGACAUCCAUGGGCAGUACUACGAUCUGUUGCGGCUCUUCGAGUACGGGGGCUUCCCACCUGAGAGCAACUACCUCUUCCUGGGUGACUACGUGGACCGAGGCAAGCAGUCAUUGGAGACCAUCUGCCUUCUGCUGGCCUACAAGAUUAAGUACCCUGAGAACUUCUUCCUGCUGCGCGGCAACCAUGAGUGCGCCAGCAUAAAUCGCAUCUACGGUUUCUAUGACGAAUGCAAGAGGCGCUACAACAUCAAGCUCUGGAAGACAUUCACUGACUGCUUCAACUGCUUACCCAUUGCUGCUAUUGUGGACGAGAAGAUUUUCUGCUGCCAUGGAGGGCUGUCCCCUGACCUGCAAUCAAUGGAGCAGAUCCGGCGGAUCAUGCGCCCCACGGAUGUGCCGGACCAGGGCCUGCUGUGUGACUUGCUCUGGUCCGAUCCUGACAAGGACGUGCAGGGCUGGGGCGAGAACGACCGUGGCGUCUCCUUCACCUUUGGCGCUGAGGUUGUGGCCAAAUUCCUGCACAAACACGAUCUGGACCUCAUCUGCCGGGCACACCAGGUGGUGGAGGAUGGUUAUGAGUUCUUUGCCAAGCGCCAGCUGGUGACACUCUUCUCAGCCCCCAACUACUGUGGCGAGUUCGACAAUGCAGGUGCCAUGAUGAGCGUGGAUGAGACCCUCAUGUGCUCCUUCCAGAUCCUGAAGCCAGCUGACAAGAAUAAGGGCAAAUAUGGGCAGUUCAGUGGCCUGAACCCUGGUGGGCGCCCGGUCACACCCCCGCGCAACUCGGCCAAGGCCAAGAAGUAGUGGCUGCAGCUGGGGAGCACUCUUUGCUGUGCCUGCUCCGCCAGCUCUGCCCACCACGGCUAUGCUGCCCAGGUUCAUGUCGUAUGGGGCUGCCUGGUAGAGCUGAACCAGUCCCUUUUUUUUUAAGAAGUAAACUAUCCCUCUGGGAGUUGAUACCAAAAAUCCUGCUCUGUGGGGGAGGGGGCUGGGAGGGGGAACAGGAAUUUUUUUUUUUUUUUUGUUUUUUGGAUAGUCCUUUUUUGCCAGCUCGGCCCCCGUCUCUCCCAUCUCCAUCCAAUGCUCAGUUUUUUGAAUAAACGUUUAACAGAAAUUCUUAA